UAUGCUCAGUUGGGUGAAACAUUGGUGAACAUAGAGGACGUCAUUUUGUUUUCCCGUAAAAAGUUUAGUCUGUGAAAACUGUGACAUUUCUGCUAAAUAUCUUAUCAAUUCCAAGUGCAAAUUAAUGUCUUUGUGCUGAAGACAGGAAACGUGGUGCAACUUUCGAGGAAUUCCUGCAAAAAAUAAUGAUCUGCUAGCAUUUUUUGGGUGUGAGGUGCUCCCGGAUGAAGGGAUAUUAUGUGAAAAAAGGACAAUUUGCCCUGGAAAGUGCAGCAAGGUUUGAAGUGAAUUCUUUGUGAAUUGUGGAAUUGUGUGGCAGUAGAAGCUGUGCAAAAAAAAAUUAAAAGACGCGUCCUGCCUGUAAAUCAGGAAGUUUGCGUGUGCUUCGCCGCGGAAAGAGGGGGCGGCUGUAAAUGGUGCAAAAGUGAGGGCGGCAGCACACCCCCCUGCCACAGUGUCCAGUACAUAGUUGUGUCGUGAAAAAUGGAGCCCCCAUCGAUGAUUGUGCGACUACUGCACUCGGUGCCCCGUUUCAAUAUCACCCUCCACAGAGUCAGCAAUACAUUCAAUCCCAACAGCGAUUCAUACGUUGAGAGUUUGGGCAUAUUAGCAUCAAUUCCAGCUGCAGUAUUGAUUGUAUCACUGAUUGGACUCCUGCUCUAUUUGCUGACGAGGUGUUGUGAUAGAAAACCACGACGAAGCAAAUCUAAUGCAUGUCAGAAAUGUACAUUGCUCAUCGUAACGAUACUUUGUGGUUGUGCCAUUGGAUUAGGUUUAUAUGGAAAUGAUGAUCUCCACAAUGGUGUUCUGCAGGUGUUUGGCUCAGGUCGGCAGGUUGAAGCAUUGGUGAAGAGUGUUCGAAAUCAAACGGACACAUUGAAGCACAACUUAAAAUCUCGUGUAGUAAUGUCGGAGCUGGAGGAUAUAUUUGACAAACCAACCUCAAAUCAAACUGCACUCACUAUUGUUCUUUACACUGUGAGACAAGUGAAAGAUAAUACAACAUUAGCUAUCAAUGCACUCGAGGCGGUCUCUUACUUCAUCCGAUCAUCCCAUUCAGAAGUGACUAUAAAGAAUGUCUUAGAUACAGCAGAAUUUUACGAAUCAAUUCGAUGGCCAGUGACUCUUGGAUUUCUGGCUGUUCUUCUGCUAUUGUGUACAAUCUUGAUAAUUGGCGUUGCUCGGUCAUCCCGGUGUGCAUUAAUAUUCUUCAGCGUGUUUGGUCUUCUGGGCGUAACUCUGUGCUGGCUCCUAUCCAGCAUUUACUUGGCCGGUGCCAUUGCAUUGGGGGACUUUUGCGUAAAGCCCAAUGAGUAUAUUUGCAGUCAGCAGAAAGUACCGGAUAUACAUUAUACGAAUUGUGGAACGGUUGGAACAAAUCCAUUUAUAUUGCGUCUCAAUGAAUCGCGAGAUAAUGUGGAUCGUGCUAAAGAUGCUCUCCAGAUUGUGUCAAGGAUUUCCAUGGACAUGUACCCCCGUGUGGAUGUGGGUUCAAAGAUAUCCCACAUUCAGACCGAACUGGACAACAGUAAGCGACAAUUGAUGGUGCUGUCGACGAUGCUUGAUCCUCGAACGGUUCAACAUCACUACAAUACAGCCACGAAAGGAUUGUGUGGUGCGAGUCUUUUUGGUCUUGCCUUGAUGCUCGUGGCGAGUCUUUUGUCAGCCUUCUUCCUCACAAUUCUCGUCUGUGUGGAUUCCCAUGCUUGGAUUUAUUUGGCAAAGAAGCGGCCAUAUGGUGACAAAUCAGAGACAACUCCACUGUUCCCAUCUGCAUCAUCUAUGUCACCAACGGCUCCAAUGCUCAGUGGUACCUCCACAAUCAACCGUACAUUGCUGCACCAUCAGCAGCAGAACCAAUUGAGUGGCAUCAAUUCGGCAUCCGGCACAAUGAAUCGAAAUGGCACAGCGGGAUUGAGAGGGAGUUCAACUACUGGCCAUCACACACUUGGUCGACUGCCAUCGCAGCAAUCCUCGUACUUAUCGGGCCCCAACAAUGGGAAAUACGCCACGCUGAGCAAACAGUGCAAAACACUCGAGUCAAAUGACUUUUACUGAGAUUCGCCUGCCUGCACUUUAAAUAAUGCAGGCAGUGGAACUCUAAGUAAAUCCUCAUCAAUCGAACAGAAGACAACACAGCAGAGUGACAAGGACCCCAGGGAUGUGUCGGCGAAUGGUUUCAAUCGCUUUGAUCCGAAGUACAUUAGUAUCGGACCAAAGGCAAUUCGUGGAUCGACAGGAAUGAGUGCAGCCGCAGCCGCAGCCAGCAAGUGUGCUACCCUCCGUCAAGGUGGACGCUAUGGGGGUAGCCUAGGUGGUGGUGGUCAAGCUAAGGCUGGCACAAGUCCCUGUUUGAAUUUUAAGACAGCUCAACCACCUACUGUGGCAACCGUUUCGAAAGACUACACAAAUUCCUACUCAACAUCUACAUUGUCCUACAGUACCACAACGGGUGCACCAAAGAAAAAUAACGUACCCACCGGCGGAAGUGGUGGCUCGAGUGGAGAGCGAAAGGAGGAAGGAAAGCAGCAGCAGGCUGUGUACAGCAUUGAUACGUCGUAUCGGCAGCAACAGAGCGUAAAAUCUCAAGAAUCAACAGCAACAAAGGGUAUUUCAAUUCUCAAUCAACCACUGCCAGAAAUUCCGCAUUCGGCAAUGAAGGCAACGGACACAGCAGCACCGAAGAAUACGCAGCAACCACUCUGUGCGGCCAAUUUGAAUCAGUAUCGCUCCCUUCAGCGCCCCGGGGGGAUGCAUCAGAAAUCAUCCACUUUUGCCAAUCAACCACCACCGCAGCAAACUGUUCCCCUUAAGAGCUCAAUGAAGCAACCUCAGGCACCUGCGCCACCACCGAAGGUGGUACCACCGCAACUACCGCCAAAGAAUCGUCACAAGGAUCCCGAGGGCAAGAGCCACCAGAAGCAAUCGGCGCAAUCGAGCAAAGGGCAAAAUUUCAAUACACUCCAGUACCCGAGUAAACAUCAUCAGGGUAGUACCCAUACGACUUUCGGGUAUGACAAUAAAUCCCGAGAUUUCGGUGGUGGUAGCUAUCAUCAUGGGUAUCAGCAAAGUGGUGCACCACAGGCGACGGGUACAUACGAUAAGAAGUAUUCGAUGUCACAACAGCAGUAUGAGAGCUCACGCAUGACCUCUUUCCACGGGGGCGAUUCAUCGUACGGCUAUCCGAUGAAGGCGUCCAAGUCGCAUCAGCAGCAACAGGGCUACCAGACGAUGCCGCAUCAGCCAAAGCACCAGCAAUAUCAACAGAGUAGUGGUAAAUCCCACAGUCAUCAUCAAUCCACGCAGCAACAGUCGAGCAAACAAGGUGGCAGCAGACGCGAUGAUCCCCCGGUGUACUAUCGCUCCCUCCAGCGUGGUGGGGCAAAUACAGCUGGUGGUGCCCACAAUGAUCUCUACUCUGUUACGGAACUUUGAAGGUAGCUAAAAUACAGCAAUGCGUUCUAGAGGCAGAGGCCGCGCAUUGCUCAGCACAGUGAUAACGACGUACUGUGCAAACCACCAAAUGCAAAAUGGGACAACGUGCACGGGGUGGUCCAGCAUUAUGGGUAAGGUAGAGUGCCAUACAUUUCCAUUUUAUUAUUUAUUAAUCAACAUCGCUACUCAUCUUGUAAAUCUGUUUACCCCCAACGCUGUGAUGCACACCGUGCAAAUUGAAGAAUUCACUCAUGCUUGAUUAAUGUAAAACACUUUAACCUCUUGCUAUAUACAUUUUUCAUACAGAGAUUGUUUGUAGCUAUAUAUAUAUAUUUCUGUGUGUAAUUUGUUCGUCAAAAAUGUGUGCAGAUCCAUUGCACAUGCACAUAAGUUACAAAUUUUGCUGCUUUCACUGUACUCAAGGGACAACGAAUACUCCAAAGUGGUGUACAUUAAUCUUUUAUGCUCUUCUUCUAUUCCCUAUAUCUCUCUCUAAAGUAGGUUUUUGGGCUUUUCCAUGGCAUUUAUUCAAUUACUUUGCCCAAAAAAAGAAAUCUUCUUGCCAAAAAGAUCAAGUAAUUGAUAAUCGUUUCACCAUGAUUGUACCUUGUUGGUUGCAAAGAAUAAAAAAGCAAAUUGAACUUAUUUUAUAAUUUAUAAAUUACAACGAAAGACAUCUUUUCUAAAUAAAUUAUUGAAUUACAUGUGGGUGCACUAUAUCAUUUAAUUAGCAUGAGUGAAUAUUUUCAAAAAUAAAAGAAAUAAAAACUUAAUAAAGGACAUUUUGAAAUUGAAAUGGAAGGAAAUUAUCGUAGAGUUUAGAAAUCAUAGAAAUGAAGUUCUGAAGGAAAUUUAUUGGUAAUUCCUCUCAGCAGUGUAAAUAGUGAUGUUUUUUUGGAGGGAAAAUGAGCGAAAGAGGGAUAUAAUAUGAGAAAUAAAAAUCAUAUUUUUGGGUCAAUUUCGGCAAAAUUAGCUACCUACAUAUAAAUUAUAUUAAGGUGUGUUGCUUUUUUUUUAAUAAAAUUCUUCCGUUCAAAUUUGAUUUCAUAAAUCUGGAGAACGUUCAGGAACUACACAAAAAUAUUUGAUAUAAAUUUUAACAAAAUUCAACAUUAUUCCAGAAAAUAAUUUCCAUGAUUUUUAAAGAUGUAGAAAAAGCAUUUUUUCCGUUCAAGGAGAGUUAUCCGUAAAAAGACAUUUUAUAUACCAUUUGUAGUUUUCUGUUCGAUUGUUUGAUGUUUUACUUGAGAGUGUUAAUCAACAUUUUUUUUGUUGAUAACAAAACAAUUUUCUAAAGAGUUUUUUUUUAUAUAAAUAGAAAAUUUUGAUCUUCUGUAAAGAUUGCCCUAUCUCUAUUUUAUAAGUUUAUAUAGGAAUAAUUUGUAUUAUUCAGGGACUAAGAGGAUUGUAUGGAUGAAAAAUUUUACUUGUAAAACAGUAUAUAUAUAGUAAUAUAAAAUUUAUAAAAUAGCAAAUUGAAGUAAUAGUUGAAUUGAGUAAAAUCGUUGUGUGAUGAUCAAAAAAAAAUUGUAGAAUGAAUGUUAAACGAAACAUUUUACUUGAAUUCCAUAUUAUGAAGGAAAAAAAGGAGUUUCUUAAUGCAUUUUGAUGAUACACUAAAAAAUUGAAGAUAAAUUAGAAUAAAAAUAAAAUAAAAAUAGUCUGAAUUAGUGUUACAUGAAAAUGAGAAAAAAAUAAUAAACUUUAAAUGAUAAAAUAUUAAAAAAGAAAAUCAUUAAAAAAAACAGUUCAUAUAAACUACCUAAUGUAACUAUAGAUAAUAAAGAAUUAAGAGGGAUUUGAAUUUUUUGACAUAUUCUCAUCUUAAUGUUAUAAAUAUUUUUUUUUUAUUUUACAAAAGAGAAAAAAAGAGGACGGUCAAUUUUUUAUAACAACAUAUACCUAUAUUCAGAUCAAAAUUUAGUAAUUGACAGUGAGGAAAAAUAUUCAUGAGAUAAUCAAUAUGAGAUAAAGGUGCCAUUUUUCUUUUUGGUUAUAUAGGUACAUAUUUACAUUUUUUUUAAAUUUUCAAUUUAUUUUAAAGAAGAAUUUAUUGUGUUUUUUUAUACUUUUGAGUUUAGUUUUUGUGUGUAGUAAUUCAAAAUAUUCUAUAUGGUCCAUUUUUUGAUAAAAAAGGGAAAGAGAGAUUAAAAUAAUAUACACCGAAUGAAAUCGCAACACUUUUUAAAUGUGGGAACAUCCUUUUUGUAUUUUAUAAACAUAUAAAAAUAAUUUAUUCUGCAAGAAAAGAAAACUGAUAAAUUUAUAAGUAAUAUUAUGUAACUUACAAAAUAUUGUACUUUUACAUUAUAAUUAUUUUAUUAUCUUUAUAGUAAGAAUUAGCACAAAACUGUAUAGAGCAAACUGUUACCGUCUCGAUAAAUUGCCGAAUGCACAGAAAUUUAAAAAAAAAGCGUUUUUCACAACACACAAAAUACUAAUUUGUGCACCAAAACUUUUAAAUACGCCAAAGAAAAUCAAAUUAAGGAAAAAAAUAAACAUUUUUGGGGAGAUUUUCAGAAGAAGAUUUUUUUAUAGCCGUCAAAAAAUGAUUUAUGCUUUAGCAAUAUAUAUAUUGUAGAAUUUAAGGGGCAAAAAAAGUUAAAUUUACUGACUCAAUUAUUUAUAAAAAUCAAUGGACUGCAAUUUUUAUAUUUGUUUUUUAAAUUACAUUUAGAAAACUCGAGGACUUAUUGCGAUUAGAGAUUGUUUUACAUUUUUUUUAAUAUCUUCAAGAGAUAAAUCUUUAUUAUCUACAAUUUUCUUCCCUUUUUCCUUUUUUGUGAUUAGAAUCUUCAAAAAAUAUAAUUAAAAUUCCAUUUCUGAAUUAAAAAUGUGUUCAAUGGCUCAGAAAUUAAAAUCUUCCUCCAAUGUUCGUUGUUUAUGAUACUUUUAAAACCACCUCUAAUCGCAAUUUGUUUGAGGAUAAAAUUAAAAGAAGGAGAAAAGAGAAAAACAAAUUUUAAUGAAGAACAAGGGUGUGGAGAAAAUACAACCAACCGCAAAAUCGAGCUCAAUUAUUUCGAACAACAUAUUUUGAAAGAAAUGUUGAAGUCAAAAUGAAGCAAAAAAAUGAGAAUAUUUUGAAAGACUUAGAAAAACUAGAAGAAACAUUAACGAGAAAAUAUUGUUAUGUAAUGUAAUAAAGACAUGUUGUGUAGUCCUUAAGAAUAAAUAAUUCUAAUCAACACUUUUUCUCAUAAAAUGUUCAUUUUGACUGCCCACAACGUAAAUUCGAGCAAAAAAACGUACAUAAAUAAACGUAAUAAAACCUUUUUCUCCCUCUUGACGAAUCAAAUACCAGUAUAAAGCAUAAAAAUUGCAUUAAAUAGGACAAAAACAGUAAUUAGAAUGAUUUUCUCUUGACUAUGCAUUUACUAAAAUUAAAAAAAAAGAUCAAGAAUGAAAUUCUGAUGAAAAAAAAAUAAGCAAGAACGUAAAAAGUCAGUAAAAUUCAGUAUUACUGGCUCUAAGAAAAAAUGUAUUCAAAUAAAAAUUGAAUAGUGUUAAAAAUUAGCAGUAAAAAAGUGAGAAAAAAAUCAUAUGAAAUUGAUAAAAAAAAAUGAUUAUACAUACAAUAAAAUAUGAAAAAAAGUGUUAGUAAUCUAAAAUAAUGGAUAUUUUUAACUGAAGUUUGUCUGUAAACCACGAAAUUUGAAGAAAAGAAAAAUAAAUGCAGUCAUUAUUCACUA